CCGAGCGGCAGCGGCGGCGGCGGCCUGGGGGAUCUCAGCUUUUUGUGCUGCUCGGUGAAGUCAUUUCGAAGAGGAUCAUCUACUUUCAAAAAAUCGCUCACCCCUGAGAUGCCAGGUUCCUCGGGCCAGCCAGGCUCACAGACAAUAAAAAAAGGGCACAGAGGAGUGGAUUCCACGGGCGAGACUACCUAUAAAAAGACGACAUCAUCUGCCUUGAAAGGUGCCAUUCAGCUGGGCAUUACACACACAGUUGGAAGCUUGAGCACCAAACCUGAAAGAGAUGUUCUCAUGCAAGAUUUCUACGUAGUAGAAAGUAUUUUCUUCCCAAGUGAAGGGAGCAACCUGACCCCGGCUCAUCACUACAAUGACUUUCGGUUCAAAACCUACGCUCCAGUGGCCUUUCGUUAUUUCCGGGAGCUGUUUGGGAUCCGACCUGAUGACUAUCUGUACUCGCUCUGUAGUGAGCCACUCAUCGAACUUUCUAACUCCGGGGCCAGCGGAUCCCUCUUCUAUGUAUCCAGUGACGAUGAGUUUAUCAUCAAAACAGUUCAGCACAAAGAGGCUGAGUUCUUGCAGAAGCUGCUGCCUGGCUACUAUAUGAACUUGAACCAGAACCCAAGGACGCUGCUGCCAAAGUUUUAUGGCUUAUACUGUGUCCAAGCUGGGGGCAAAAACAUUCGGAUUGUUGUGAUGAACAACCUUCUGCCACGCUCUGUGAAAAUGCACCUGAAAUACGACCUGAAGGGCUCCACCUACAAACGCCGAGCAUCCCAGAAGGAACGGGAGAAGGUCUUCCCAACAUACAAGGACUUGGAUUUUAUGCAGGACAUCCCUGAUGGCCUCUUCUUAGACUCAGACAUGUAUAACGCUCUGUGCAAAACGUUACAGAGAGACUGUUUGGUCCUGCAGAGUUUUAAAAUCAUGGAUUAUAGCUUGCUUGUGGCAAUCCAUAACAUUGAUCUGGCACAGAGAGAGCACGCCUUGGCAGAUGGCACGUCUCAGGCCGAUACGCGGCGACCCGCUGCCCAGAAGGCCCUCUACUCCACGGCCAUGGAAUCCAUCCAAGGAGAGGCCCGGCGAGGUGGCACCAUAGAGACAGAUGACCAGAUGGGAGGCAUUCCAGCCCGUAAUGCGAAGGGCGAGAGACUGCUCCUUUACAUUGGCAUCAUUGAUGUGCUGCAGUCCUACAGAUUUGUCAAGAAGCUAGAGCAUUCUUGGAAGGCCCUUGUACACGACGGGGACACUGUGUCUGUGCACAGACCCAGCUUCUAUGCCGAAAGAUUCCAACGGUUCAUGUGCAACACAGCAUUCAAGAAAAUACCACUAAAGCCAUCCCCUUCUAAGAAGAGCCGGUCUGGCACCGCAGUUCCUCGUCGAAGCUGUCAGGGAGGAGUGCCUUUCCAGUCACACAUGUCAUGUGAGACAAAAGCACAAGUAACGACAGAGGUGGAUGUAGAGCAAGGUUCCCACCUUGGUCGUCCAGAUCUCCUGCCCAGGACUCUGCCAGUAGAUGAAGCUAACAGCGAUUCCGUCGCGACGACCCUGUCCACUUCUUCCUUGGGCAGCGGAGGCCUCAACUCGCCUGCAAACAGGUCAGUGGGCGUACAAGUGCAUAAAGCUGACAGCUCAGCAAAGGAUUUGACUAGAGCAGCUACCGGCAUCUUCUUGCCUAGCGGCUCCCCAGGGCCUUCAAUACCCGAGCACUCCUCAGAACUGAGGGAACAGUUCGAAGACCUGCAGGAGACGGAGAUAAGCUUCUGAGGCAACACCGAGGCCAUUGCGAUGGAAGCAGAUGGUUCUGUGCUCUGCGUGGUCUGGAGUCUGACAAACCUUCAGCCCCCGUUGCUGACUUUUUUUUUUUUUAUUUUAGAAACUUUAUCUGGACUGAAACCUAAAAGCUGGAAGGCUGGGUUACACAUAGCGAGGUAGUGUUAUAUGAGGCUGGGCCAGCACAGCUGAGCCUCAGGAUGCCUGAAGUCUCCUUACUGCAGAGCGCAUCAGGCGCCGCUGUGUCCCCCCUGUCCUCCUUGCUUUUGAAGCCUGGCAGGAGCAAAGCAGGCUGCUGGGAGGAGGAGGAGCUGCUCCACAUGGGCUGAAGGCCUCUGGAAAAGGGAUCUGACUUUCAGGGAGUUAUCUACUUGUGAUGCCAACACCACAAACCUUGCAAGAACAGGCAACUCUUCCGAGUUCUGGGGGGAAACGGGCAUUAGAAGCUCAGCGGGGCAGUUUGCGACAGAGCAGUGUGGUUUUGUUUUGUAUUUUAAACGAGUUUUUAAUUUAAAAGUUUCCUUGAAUUCAGUCAUAUCACUUCUUUUUAGUCCUGCAGUAUAGUCAUUCUUUUUUAAUAAAUAAGCUUCUCAGUGUUCUACCAGAAAAUGCCCCGGGUGAGAGGCAGCGAGGGGCGCUGACCGCAAGGAGCCCUCUCCCCGGUACCUGCUCCCGGUGGCAGUCGUCUCCUGAGACAGCGAGGUGGAGAGCAGGGGUGCUCUGUUGUGCUCCCUAGCCUGGAGGAUUUUGAAGAUGAAAGCUUUUGAGAUGUCAGGGAGGUUUUGGAUUGCGUUGUCCCUUGUUCUUGAAAUGAGUGUCUUUGUCCCUGCCGUGUUUGCUUCCCCUCAAAGUAACUGAUGGAGGGAGAUCUUUGUAACGGGCACACUUUUUAAAGCCUUCAGUAUUUCUUAAGCAAAUGGACCAAAACUAGCCUGCUCGGUUCCCUUCCCUGCCCUCCAGCCUGCUGUUACGUUCUGUUGUGGGCACCGCUGGCAAAACUUACGGUUUUUAUAGCUCGGCUCCCUUUUGAUAUCUCCGCCUGCAGCCUGGCCAGCCGUGCAGAACCGUGCGUGGCACCGAUGCUCUCGAUGGCUCAGGAUGGAGAUACCUGCCUAAACGGCUGCCUGCUGUGUGCGCUGAGACAGACGUCUGCCUCCACAAGAGUGCGGUGCAUUUUGAGCCCCAUUUAGAGAAAAAAAUAAAGCUGGAGGCAUGGUUCUGUCGUGGCCAUUCCCCCUGUGCAUGAGGCUGUGGCGACGCCUCCCUGACACGGGCUGCAGACACUUCCUAGAGAUCUCAGAGAUGUUGGACUGAUCUUUAUUUUCACUAAAUGCUUUUUUAAGAAACGAAGUGACUCUUCCCCAUGUUCCUGGUGGGUUAGAAUCCUCUGUUCUUUUUUAUAUAAAAAAGUAAUUUAAAGUUUGCCCUUGCAGCAGUGCAAGGGGUUUCUAUGCUAAUUAGCAAUGAUUGCUAAGGAAACCAAGAAUGUAGUGGUGUAGAAGGGGAUGUUUUUAGUUGAUGUUUCAGAGCCAAGUCUCUUCCCACCUUCCACUUCAAGCUUUUAAUUAAAGUGGAUGUGACGCAAGCUGAUAUUUUUUAAGAAAAAACUUCUUUUUAAAAAAUUUUUUUUUGAAAGACCAAGUGGAAUGGCCUUACUCCGGAUGAUCCGGAUCCAGAGGGGUUUGCUGGAGUGUGAGAACAGCCUCUGCUCGGAAGCUGGCUGUUGGGUUCUCAAGGGCUCUCAAACCUCUCGACACCAAUCAUCGUCCCAGCGAGACCUGUGGGUGGGAGGAAAGAUCGGUUCCGGGACACCUCGGGUGGAUCUUCCUUUCUCCCUCCCUGUUACCUCUGACUCUACCCCGCAGGUUACACUUUAUAGCUGAAAUAACUGUCUAUAUUAGACACUGUUUCUUACCUUCCCUCCUAACUCUUUUUUUUUUUUUUUUUUUUUACCAGGAGGGAAGAAAACCAAGUCUCAAUUUUUUCAUGAUUUAAUAUUUAUGAACUUGUAUUUAAAUGUUUUUUUUUUUUUUUCUUUUUUUUUUUUUUUUUCCUGGGGAUAGUUAUUCAGUGAGUAGGGAGAUGGGGGUGGGGGGUGGCAUUUAUAUAUGGGAAUUAUCAACCUCUGCUUUGUAAUGGGUUUUCAGAAUAACUGCUAUUGUUAUUUUUUUUUGCGAUUGAAAGUGGCAGGCAACUGCUUUUGUCUUUUGAAACCUCGCGUGGCUUUUCUCUGGCGGGGAAGGGGGCUUUGGGUCUUACCAACGGGGCAAGAGCAGGGAGCAGCCGGGAUCCCAGGCUCUCCUGCCCUGCUCGCCCUCGGUUCUGGCAUCGCCACCGGCACCGCUUCGCCGCCUGGACCUGUCCCCAUGGAGCAGCUCGUGCCGUGUCGUGGACAUUGUCAUGUUACCCAUGUACCAUUUGUUGUCAUCGGCUGUCUGUGAUGCCUGCAGCCCCGCUGCCCUGCGUGGCAGCUAAUACAGCGUGUGACCUGA